AUGAAUUAUGAAGCAGUCCCCAGUGGUGAACAGCUUCUAGUUGGCUUUCAGCGCCAAAAACAAGUUACCAACAACGUAAUUGGGUGGUAUCUAUAUUCCUUCUCCAGUGAACCUUUUAUUGUUUCAGCGGUGUCAACUUAUGUUCCACUAAUGCUUGAACAGUUUGCUAGGAUAAACGGCGUGAGACUUGAUGAUCAUUCCUUGAGCUGUUCAGAAUAUGAUGGAAAAUGUGUACUAGGACUAUUCAACAACACGUUUUAUAUUGAUACGUCGAGUUUCGCACUUUACACAUUUUCCUUGAGCGUGUUUUGCCAGACAAUAAUGGUGAUUUCAAUUUCUGGAUUGGCAGAUAUGUGGAAAUCGGUACAAUUCAAAGGUAAGGUUGUUGUGGCAUUUGGGAUCGGUGGAGCAUUAUCAACUGUAGCAAUAAGUCAGCUUAAUAGCUCCCAAUUUUAUUCCUUGGCAUUUCUAAGUAUCGCAUCGAACUGUUGCUAUGGUGUAGUAAACGUUGUUGGGAAUUCGCUUUUACCCUUGUUUGUUGCUGACUUAUUGAAGUACUGCCCGGAGCAUAGAACUAGUGAUAUUGAAAAGUUAACAACUUUGAUUAGCGGUCGUGGUUCAAGCUUGGGCUACAUAAGUGCCUUGUUGGUGCAGAUAUGCUCAAUAUUUUUGGUCCGCAUGAGCAAGUCACAUGAUAACAUUCAAGUCGCCGUGUUCUUUGUGGGAAUAUGGUGGUUUAUAUGGCAGCUACCUAUGACUUGGUUGCUGAAAGAUGUGGUUCCGGUUGAAAUGCGAUCCGAACAAUUGAGAGUCACAAAUGCAACCCGCUAUUUAAAGUAUGGCUGGAUGUCCUUGUUUGAGUCGUUGAAACACGCUCGAUUACUGAAAGACGUGAUGGUUUUUCUCGUGGGCUGGUUUAUCAUAUCUGACUCAAUCACGACUAUUAACUCAACAGCAAUCUUAUUUGCCAAAACUGAACUGAAAAUGAACACUCUCAAUAUGAUAUCAGUAAGCAUCCUCACGCUGAUAAGCGCAAUUUGCGGGGCGAUCUUCAUUCCAGAGUUACUUUCAGUUCGGCUGAGGCAGCCCCCACAACGUGCCAUGAUUUAUAUCAUUUGCUGGGCAAGUGUAAUACCACUGUAUGGCACGCUGGGCUUUUUUUUCGACACAGUGGGUCUCAAGCACAAGUUUGAGAUGUAUCUUCUAGCCAUCUGGUAUGGUGUAGCUUUGGGUGGUCUAUCUGCGGUUUCUCGUUCUGUGUUUAGUUUAAUCAUACCCACAGGUAAGGAAUCGACUUUUUUCAGUUUAUUCAAUGUUACCGACAAAGGGUCUUCCAUCAUGGGGCCUUUUCUGAUUGGAGUAUUGACGGAUAAGACGCAUAAUAUCAGAUACUCGUUCUACUUAUUACUGAUGUUACUUAUUCUUUCCCUUCCAGUCUUCAAUGCCCUCAAUGUCGAGAGAGGUAGGAGGGAAGCCAAGGAGCUAAGUGAACUUAAUCAACCAGACGACCGGAAUGAAUGA